AUGGAUGGCGAGGCUCAGAGCCCUCCCGCGCAAUCGGCGCAGACUCUAAAGUUCCUGCGCUACAGAUCCGUCCGUCAGUCGGCCGUCAAACCCCCAGAGUCCCAAGGCUCUCCACCUCCCUUGCCGCAGACGUCACAGGCCUCGUUGACGCGUCUACCUUCGAGAUACCACCGCCGACCACCGCCGACUCCAAAUGUGCCCCUACCGAACGAACUGCCCCUGCCUACCAGCGUGAAUAGCGCGACGGUCCCAAGAGCCCGAGGCCAGACCUUGAACGGCGCGACUGCACAGGAUGGACAGGCCAGACAGGCAGAAAACGGCGUCCGCCGAAUGGUCAUCCAACAUAGCAACAACGCCCAACCUACGACUAGGCCGACGACCAGCAAAAGCACACCACGCAAGCAGACGUUGACCUCCAAUGUACAAGAACCGUCGCCAGAAGCGCUCCGGAGAUCGCUCGAGAUGGCAAGGGAAGAAGCGCGCUUGCUUUUGGAAGGGGAGCAGGACCGGGUGAGAGAAUUGAGACAACAAGAAGCCCGGCGCCGGCGUGAAGAGCGGGAAAGGCGCAGGAAACAGGAGGAGAGAUUGGCGCACGAGGCCCGUCAGCGAGAAGCUGAGGAAGCAGCGCGACAAGAAGCCAGAAAGCGACAGGAUCGCACUCGGUCCGAAGACGCUCGGCACAGUGAACAAGGCGUCGAUGAACAACAUACAUCUCCAGCGCCACCAACAGCGGAGGUUGCCGUCGACUCGAAAAAGUCCAGGACGCGUACACUGGUGAUUGGCGGACACAACCCUCUCAACAGACAGGAGACGCGUGCACAUCAUCGCCGUGCCUCAUCCGCGGUCGAGCAGCUGCGACAGAAGCCAAAACAAAGCCAUGCCAGAACCAGCAGCGCUGGAUGGAACGACGAAAAGCCCGACAGCGAAGUGCCGAUUCCCAAACCAAACUUCGACGCCCCAGUGUCGGCGGUAAAUGCUGGGGAACGAAGGGUAAGCGUCAAAUGUCGAGAUGCACUGAUUACGCUGCCCAUCACACCCUCAACUACUACCAAGGAUGUCCUGAGGUCCGCCUCCCUCUGCAUGUCGGAGCCAAUUGACCCUCAAACGGCUGUCCUGCUGGAGUCGUUCUCACAGCUCGGGCUGGAGCGGCCGCUUCGAAGAUAUGAGCGGAUACGUGAUGUGAUGAAUUCCUGGGACAACGAUACGCAGAACCACCUCUUCAUCAUGGCCGAAGGCGAAUGCGCGGCGCCUGGGCUGCAGCUCGCGGACGCUCCCAAUGAACAACCGUACGGGACCGUAGUCAACAUCUACCAUUCACACCGGCCUGGAAAGUGGGACAAACGUUGGUUGAGACUGAGAGAGGACGGUCAGAUCACCAUGUCUAAGAAUGAAACGGGCAUUGAUUCCACCAACAUCUGCCAUUUGUCGGACUUUGACCUGUACACUCCCACGGCGAGACAGAUCAAAAAGCUCAAGCCGCCCAAGAAGCUGUGCUUUGCCCUGAAGAGCCAGGAGAAGUCGGCCAUGUUCCUAGAUGGGGCAAACUUUGCACACUUCUUCUGUACCAAAGACAAAACGCUUGCCGACAGAUGGUAUCACGCCGUCCAUUCAUGGCGCAGUUGGUAUCUGGUCAACAAGCUUGGAGAAGGUCAAGCGAAACCGAUUGAGCCGGCCGAGAAGCUCAAGCUAGGGAGCAGACCGGAGACGAGGAGUUCCAAGGAGUCGCUGCCUUAUGUGCUUGGUUCUUUCAAACCACUGCUAGAUCUUGGUUCCACCUUUGAGGGAAACCGAAAGUCAGAGUCGGGUGUCGCGCACCGGGCGUCACAGCCUGAUGACCAGAGGCCGUUGAUCGAUUUCGUGCCGGAGAGACCGAGCAUUGACGAGAAGGCGGGCAGCCCCAAAUUCCCUUCCAAGCUGCAAGGAGCUCCGCCCACGUCGUUUCCGCGAAAGUUUACGGCCGAGUCAGCGAUGAGUGGCAACGCCGAUGACACAGAUGGGCCGUUUACUGGGACUGGUCUCCUUGCCCGCAGUGCCAGUCGCCGAUCGCAGGGCGAUCGUCGCGGGGUGCCAGGCAAGCCCUUGGUAGAUCUCACACCAACGAGCGAGUUCACUGAUGGCAGUCUGCUCCGGAGGAUGGAAACACAAAGGCUCACGGAGCCGAAGAUCGACCGACAGAAGAGGAGAGAGGUUGACGUUGCUGUCGGUGAAGGACUCUAG